GGGCGUUAUCCGAGAAUCUGCAUGGCGAUCGUAAACAAGAUUCUGCUGCUCAGCACAAAAGUAGGGUACAAUGCAAAAUGCCUCAUUAAAUUAGGCCUAACAGUAAUCUUUUGUUGAUAUUGGAACACAAGUUGCCAUCAUAGAAAUGAUCGCAACCAAAUAGGGCAUUUUUCUGAAAUCAUGUCUGCCAAUUGUUACAAUCGCCGUGGCAACAUGGAGGAAAUGAAGGAACAGCACCAACGGUUGAGCACCAAACACAUCGAGACUCUGAAAGUGAUGGCUGACUUGUCGAAAGAAAACAAGAAAUUGGUUGCAAAGAUCAAAGAAAUUGAGGAUGAGCUAUCACAAUGUAGUGAACUGCACACAUUAGCCAACGAAGCAAAGGCAAGAAUUAAGAGGGUGCAAGAAGAUUGCAACAGACGUUUGGACCACAACAAUAAAACUUUAGCAGAAAAACAUCAACAUGAGAUAAUGCGCGUUGUCUCUGAGAAGCUUGAAGCAGAAAAUUCAUGGCUGGAAGAAAAAAAGCAGUUGGAAAAUCGAAUCAGACAGCUUGAAUCAGCUAACACUAAGCUCACAGAAAAACUUGAUGUAAUUAAGAAAAAUGAUACAAGAAUAGAGGUACUCCAUCAACAAAUGGACAAAGCCAUUGAAGAGGUCAUGAAUUUAAAGAAAGAAAAUGCACAAUUGAAGGAAGAAAAUAUAGCAUACAGUAACAAAUUUCUAGGCCUGGAAACGGAGGUGAACCAGUUAAGACCUUUGGAGAAACAGGCCACGGAGCUAUCAUUGGACCUACAGGAGGCCAAGCAGAAGGUACGUGAAUUGGGGCUACAACUUAUGGACAAGGAAAAUAUAUUAUCUGUGCCACCUGAGCCUUAUGAUCACAAAGACCGGGCUGAGUUAGUUAAGUUGAAAAAAGAAGUUGUGAGAUUAACGAAAGAUGUUGAAAGCGCCCAGAAUGAGAUGUUGACGCACCGGGAGAAAGCUGUGUCAUACCAACAGCAGCUUCUAGAUAGCACGAAUACUCUGCUUGAGGAGCAAGAUGAAAAAGAGAAAUUGUUAAUUUUAUUAGGUCACACACAAGACGAACUACAAGAACUGAAAAAGAAAACCAGAUUUGAAGCCUCAAAUGCCGACUCUAAGAACGAAGUAAGCUUCAAAGAAUUUGUAGUAUUAAAACGUGAAUUAAACUUAUUGAAAGAUGAGAAUUUGCGAUUAAAGCAGGGAAGAAAAAGUUCUCAAUCUUUGCCAUGUUUGAAAGGCUCGACCACGACGUCUAAAGCCAGCAUCUGGUCACACAGUAGCAAAGGCGACAUGGGCUUAACAAAUAGUGCAUCGAAAUUAAGAAGUAUUCCACAUUCGUUAAAGAAAUAUUGACAAAAUCUUGGAUUUUUUAAUGCGUAGAUUUUUUUGUAAUCAUGUAGAAUGGUAUUAAUCGUUGCAUUCAGCACCAUGCAGAAUGUUUUAACAUACGCUGAUCAAUAAGCUACGCGCCGACAGCUGUUACAUCUUUUCACCGAGGUAUUAAUCUAAUCUUAUCCAUUUGCGUUUUUCUUCGUGAUUGAUGAAAGAUAAAUGAGUUUGCGAUCAUUUCAAAAUUUAGUAUCCAAGGCAUAAUUGGUAUACGCAUCAUCCAUUUCCUGACUUCCUGUUAAUUAAACUAUCCCAAAAACAGCUUCACA